AUGGGCGACGGAGCACAGAAUGGACAUGGAGGCAGGGCGCCUCUGGCCUUGCGGUCACGGUGGAGCUCGGUCAACGGCAACGAAGGCAGGGGCGCGCGGCUGGAGGCGCUGGGGACAACAGCACACGGCGGUAGCAGACAAGCGGGGCGAGGCGGAGAUGCUCGGGGCAGUGGAGAGGCGGCAGCGGAGCUGGCGAUGGGGAGGUCCCGCGGCGCGGAUGGGGCGCCAUGGGAGGCGGCUUCCGGCGCGGGGGCGCUCGAGGCAGGGCAGGAACCUGCGGGGGCGACACAGAUGGGCCUUGCUGCGGAGGUCCACGGGCGGAGGCGAGCGCUGGUGGUGGAAGCGGAGGAAGGGAUCGAGGCCUCGGGCGAGAGGAUCGUGAAGAGAAGUGUGGCGCUGAGGAACGAGGAGGAGGGGUGCGGGGGGUCGGGCUAG